AUGUGGAAUCCAUUCAAGAAGUCGGAGGAGAAGCCCCAAGUGGCGGAGGAUUUGCCUACUAAUUACACUCCUGGUCAGAAGAUUUUACUAGAGGACACACGUCCCAAGUUUCAAUCGGAUAUAUCAAAAGGUGAUGUUGCAGCGUCGAAGGAGCAGGCCUCUUUACGAGCUGCUUGGGAAUCGAUAUCCUGGAAUGACUUUACACUGGAGAAGUUGACAAGUAUUCCUUGUUUUAGGGAUGCUGGCAUGGUCGGUUUCAGUAGUAUGUUUGUAACAGGAUCGGUGAUCCUUCUUUACCACAAGAAUAUUAAUAAAGCUAUGAACUGGGCCGUAGGUGGUUUGAUGUUGGGAUCUAUAGUUGGCUGGGAGCAAUGCAGGAUGAAAAGAAAGCGAAGUUUCCAGGUUGCACAGAUGGCUAUGGAGACUGUUGCUAAAAAGGAAAAGCCAAUGAAGCAUAAGGUGGAGCAUGAUCCUAAGUUGUUGGACCAGUGGGAAGGUAGAUCAGGUCUGAAACCUAAUGGUCCAUCAGACUCAAAACCGUGGUACAAAUUUUGGUAA